CAAACCACGAGCUUGAAGCAACUCUGUUAGUGUUCUCACAACCUUGAGAGAAGGAAAGCACCUUGAAAAUUAGGCGUGACAAGCAAAAGACUCUCCAUGAUGAUCCAACAAGGAAUCUUUGUCACACUAUUCUCCUUGGCAGUGGCCGCUGAGACCUCUUCCGCUCCGAGAAUCCCAUAUGAUGGAAAGAAUCUGCAUCUGAGCUCUCAGUAUCGAUUGCAAGGUCAAGAUUUUCAUGAUCGGCACACAUCCUCGUCUCAGCCGGUGGAAAAAAAAGAGACGUCAUUUUUGGACCAAGAGGAAGUGAACGAUGAUGUGCAUCGACAUCAGCGUCAUCACUUGUAUCCUGAUGACAAGUAUCGUCACUACAAAUUCCUAAACACCCGCACAAAAACAACGACAACAACGGUACCAGAAAAGGAUCACAGCGACAAGGAGACGCAAGAAAAAGUCCACGACACGAUUAACAUACAUGAUAGACAAGAGCAACCCUACCAAUGGGUUCAUUCUGGAACCUCGAAUAUCAAGAAGCACACUCCGAACAUUCACCACCAAACAAUUUCGCUCGAUGACGACUUUGGUUUCACGAAAGCGCUGAAUGCUCACGAGACCACUGCUAAAUCAAUGUCCACAAAGAAAAACUCUGAAAAGAAUGGAUUUGCGGACUCCCUUCACAUGUUCGCCAUUUGGUCCCUGGACAACCUCUUUUGGCUGGUACCCUUUGUGGCUCAUUCUUACUACAAUGCACUUUACUUCUUCGUCACCUACCAAGUUUUGGUUGCAGCGAGUUGUGUCAUUGGGAGUGUGCAGGGAGUUACAUUUGAACAAGCACAGUCCUUGAAUAUGGUAUGGGGAGGAAUGGGGGCUCUAGUUUGCUGGCUGUUGGUUUGUGUGUUUUACUGGCGUUCUCGGCAAAGUGCAAGUGGGAAAAAGGUGGGAACCUCAUCAUCAUCCGUCGACGAGGAAUCUGGCUUGAACACCCCUCUCCUGCCACAAAAGGCACAUAAGCCAGAACAAAACCUGUCAAUGCCAGUAGCAAAGCCAACCGCACUCUUAACCAUUUCGAUGACUGUUUUGGCAGGAGUGGAUGAUCUCUUCUUUGUGCCUGUCAUCCUGGACAAGACUAUCUUGUCAUGGAAACAGAUUUGUUUGGGAUCCUUCGUGGCAGUCUUGCUCUGGACGUGCUUUGCAGUGGUGAUGGCUCGACUCCUUCAUCGAUUCAUGUCCGCUAUCCCACUCUACAAGGUUCUUUUCUUCUAUGCUGCGGUCAUGACAGGUCACAGCCAAUGGGAUCUGUUCUCGUCGCAUGCUGACGAGCUCAAGAUGCUCUCUCAUGAGGUCAAGCCAUGAAUAAGCCACCUUUUUUGGAACACGCAAUGACUCUCUGCCACCACGUGAGGCGCCACAGAACCGGCUGUGGGCAUGAGAAGAAAGUGAUCAGUUCUGGAGAUGAGACUACGGCCGGCGAACAGGGAAAGACCACCCGAGGAGGGCACAUCGGCUUGCUCCCCUUUGUCACACAAAUAGUCAAAGUACCACGAAGAAUGUAAAACUAAGAAUCGAAUCAAUCCAUC